AUGCUGCUCCAACUCGUCCGUUUCACACUGGUUCCAUCUCUGACUCUUGCCUCCCAGGAACUUGCACAGCUCCUGUGGCACAAGAAUUUCACGAUAGCCAACAAACCGGCUGCGGUUGGUCUAGAUCGCAUCAUCCAGGACCCAGCCACAACGAUGCUGUAUGACUUUGAAGACUCGCAGCUGGAACAACUGACACGAGGCAUCGAGGCGCCAAUCUGUGAAUUUGCCUUUAUCCGCUUGUCACCCAACGCCCCAUUGACUGAUCCUGCCCUGCGCGCCUCACUGCACAAGACAUAUACCGACUGCUAUAAAAUACAGGGAUUCGUGGGCGGACAGUGGACAUAUUGCCUCAAUGCCAACCAACCCGAAGGCGUCGCUCUUUCGGAUGGAAACCCUCUCCUCCUCAACCAAGAUAACAGGCGCCUAGCACUGUACUUCCUUGGAUGGGAGAGUAUAGAGUUACAUCAACAUGCAUGUCUAACUCCCCUUUUCGCGGAGGAGAUUGAUAAAUUACAGCCGUGGUUUUAUAAUGGUAGUGGUGCAUGGUAUAACAGCUUUCGGAGGUACGAUCGGCAAUGA